AGGCUGAGCAUCGGCAGCACCCACCCGGCCGCAGCAGCGUCUCCAUGGCCACCCCACCGAAGCGCUCCCGGGCCCAGCGCGGCGUCAAGAAGAUCGCCAUAGAGGGCAACAUCGCGGCAGGAAAAUCAACAUUUGUGAAUAUUCUCAAACAAGCUAGCCAGGAAUGGGAAGUUGUUCCUGAGCCUGUAGAAAGAUGGUGCAAUGUUCAAAGCUGCCAAGAGGAUGAUGAGGAGCUAACGACAUCACAGAAGAGUGGGGGGAAUGUGCUCCAGAUGAUGUACGAGAAACCGGACCGGUGGUCUUUCACCUUCCAGACGUAUGCCUGCCUGAGCAGGAUCCGGGCUCAGCUCAAAUCCCUUAAUGGGAAAAUCAGAGAAAUGGAAAACCCGGUGGUCUUCUUUGAGCGAACUGUUUAUAGCGACAGAUAUAUUUUUGCAUCUAAUUUAUAUGAAUCUGAUUGCAUGAAUGAGACCGAAUGGACAAUUUACCAAGAUUGGCAUGAAUGGAUGAAUAAGCAGUUUGCUCAAAGCCUUCAACUAGAUGGAAUCAUUUAUCUCAGAGCCACUCCUGAGAAAUGCUUAAAUAGGAUUUACUUGCGUGGAAGAGAUGAAGAACAAGAAAUUCCUAUUGAAUAUCUGGAGAAACUUCACUACAAACAUGAAAGCUGGCUUCAGCAUAGAACAUUGCGGACGGAUUUUGAAUACCUGGAAGAAGUACCCAUCUUAACACUGGAUGUUAAUGAAGAUUUCAAAGGCAACAAAGACCAGUGUGAAAAUAUGAUAGAAAAGGUCAAGGAAUUUUUGAGCACUUUAUAAUCCUUUUGAAGAGCAAACAGAAUCAAACUGUUCCAAACAUCUGUGAGAUCAGAGCUUGGGUUCAAAUUUGGCUUAUAUGGUGUCUGACAAGGAGGGGUUCAGUGUUGUUGCUUUAACAAAUUGUGAGGAACAAACACACUUCGUAAUAUUUGUUUUACAAAAUGUAUGUAUAGAUUAUUUUCAUAAACCAGUGGGCCUAUUCAGGGUUAUACAGAACAGUUUACAAGUUACUCAAGGUUACAAAGAGUCCUAGGAGCCCUUAAUUACUACUCCUGUUUCUGAUUAGAGUAAUAAAUUCCCAUAGAACACUCUUCCCGUUUUGUCCCUAAUUUGUAUUUAAUUCCCAUGUACUUAGGGGUUUAUCAGAACUGGUCUCCUGUAUUUUUCAGUGGAAUUUGAGUGUCUGCAAGGGAAGUUGUAUAUUCUGUAGCAGCUUCGUCCCAAUUAGGGGAAGAGAGGAUACUGAGGGGAAGGGAUUUCUGCUGGUGAGGGAAUUAAUUUACGUAAAGUCCCAUACAUCAAAGUACAAAAACGUGUUUUGAUAAUUCCAGAAUAUUGGUGGGACUUUGCCCAGAAUUACUUGGGUCAAAAACCAAACCUAAAUAUAAUGCUCCUUCAACAAACUUGUCUGCCAUUUUUGUGUCAUUUUGUAAAGGUAUUUAAGAGUUUCCAUCUAUUAGCACUUGUUCUUUUUUAUAACUUUUUCUGUACAAAGUUAUAAGAUCUGUGGAAAUUAUCCCAUAUGAAAAAUAAUUUCUAUCUGAAAUUUAGGAAUCUGUCUUUGGUAGCCACUAAAUCCUUUUAUUUCCUGCAGGGGCCAGCAUCUGCUUGUUGAACGCUGCAAUAGAAAGUAAAACUAUGUAAGAUGUCUUUGGGUUUUAAAUUGUGUUUUUAAAUGUGAUGUGAAUAGACUUUUAAAUGUUAUCAUGGUGAGAGUUGCAUUGUUCUUACCUAGCAGUCUCCUGCUGUUUUAAUUUCUUCUCUGGCUAACUGUUGGUCUUUCUACAAUGAAAAGGGGAGAACUUUGUGGAGCAACCACUGUUUAAUGCACUGAUCUUUGUAAUGGUGAUUUUUCUUUCAAAUUCUGAAAACACCAUCAACCAUUUAGACACACAUCUUGAAAUGUGUACUGUAUUUUGUGCUGUAUUGUUUUGGAUUCAAUACUUUUUCUUAAUAUGUAAUUAUACACUUAGCUUUUGAAUGCAAAUAUUCUAAUUUCACAGGAUUUUAUUAUAAUGGUGCUCAUGUUCCCUGUCAAUUUUGAGAUAGAAUCUCCUUCUGUGUGACUAGAAUCAUGUUGGAAAAAUAAAAAUGCAUAGAAACUUUUUUGCACUUACUAAAUUGUUGGCUUUCAGUAUCGUAUAACAGUUGUGCCUGGAUUGGCAAUAUCUGAUAUUCAUAUAGGAGCUGAUCUGAUGUCAAUAUAUAUCAAAUUCUCGGAGGAUAUAAAUUCACUAAUCUUUUUUAAAUAUUGUGUUACUGAGUCCAGAUUUCCCACAUAUGGAAAAUGAAUUACUAAUUCCAUAUCUUUUCCAGACUUGUCCAGGACUACAGAGGCAAAACGAAAGACAUUCUAAUAUCGUAGCUCCAGAAACUUGAUUUAAAGCCAGUAUCAGAGAUGGAUGAAGAUUCAGUUUUUAGAUUUAACUAAACAUGCAACAGAAACCUUGAAAAUAUUCUUGCCAAAUCUACACCAGACACUAGCAACCUAUUUUUAACCAAGUUGCAAUUAUCUGUUAGGUUUCAGCUGCCAGGAUUUAAUACUUUGGCGUGAUCAUGUGAGGAGUAUUGUUCAAAAUCUUAUGAUGAUUAAGCUAUUUACGUUAUCAGCCAGUCCAGGUUAUAAUUAAUAUUUUUCAAACACAUCGCAGAUUACAUCAGUAUUCUGGGGGAGGUUGUAUACAACCAGUUCCAGAAUGCAAUACAAAAUCAAUGAAACCCAAGUAUGAAUUCAGAGGAGAAAGUCUCUGCAACUUAUAAGAACAGUUUUAAUUGCUGUGAACAUAAGACUGUUUCAGGGCUUUGGUAGUAGCUGGACUGACAGCACUGGAAGGGAGGUUAUUAGUGCAUAAAAUAGAUGCAGCACAAACAGCAACAGAUCAUAUUUGCCGACACUGCACUGUCUGUGCCUUAACUCUGACCUUAGAUGGGCCAUCUCUAACAAUGCAAGGAUGAUUCAGUCUCUGUGUCCAGUCAAUCCUUGGUCUCAGCUGAGGUUGACAAUUAGAGCCCUGCUGGAUUUUAUGAUUAAAAAUUAUGUAUGUAACUGACCCUUUUUUGUUUCACUUACCUUACUGAGAGCUCUUCAGGGCAGAGGUAUGUAUUCAGGUGAGCAUACAGCACCUACUAUGACAGGCUAUAGAUCCUGAUUGAGGCUAUGGAGUCCGUUGUAGUACAGUUAAACAAUGGAAUGAAUAUACCCUUUUAUGCUGGAAAUAGCGAUCUGGUAUGUCACAACAUGCAUUCUUACAUUUACACAGUUGGCUUCAUGUUAGUGGAAUUGAGUGGAAAAAAUGUUUACUUUUUAAGGGUAUUGUGGAAAAAUGGAUCAACUACU